AUGCCGAGGAUUCGCUACCUUGGAUCCAUCAUCGAUAAGGCUGGAAGACAUCCUGAUUUAGAGAAAGUUGAGGCUAUUCAGAUACCAGCCCUAAAGAUCGUUGCAGAAGUGCUUAUUACGGAUCAUUUGUGGCAGAAAUGCGUCAGAAUACGCGCCCCACUUGACGAAUUAUUGAAGAAGAAUAGCUCUUUCCACUGGACAAACAAAUGUGAAGAAGCUUUCCAACGUGCCAAAGACAUACACGCUCCACUUGACGAAUUAUUGAAGAAGAAUAGCUCCUUCCACUGGACAAACAAAUGUGAAGAAGCUUUCCAACGUGCCAAAGACAUGCUCGCUUCGGGAUAUGACUUCACCCUCGAGUAUCGAAGCACAACUGAAUUUGGACAAGCAGAUGCAUUAUCAAGACUCAUUCCUCCACGGCCAGAUCAAAGCGAAGAUGUUGUGAUUGCCAAAAUUGAGCAAGACAUUCUCGCUGUGUACGAAGCUACCUUACACGCGCUACCCGUGACCAGAGAUUCGAUUCAAGAAGAGUCCAUUCCGAAGUCUCUA